AUGUGGAAAGCUAUCAACGACGACCAUGAAGCAUCAUUAGAACUUUAUGGAAGAAGCAAGCAAACUAUGUUCGCUUUAAUCCAUUUUAAUCUUCGCACGGGUAAUGAAAUUCAUUUGUAUUCAAAACUGAAGCAAAUUACGCUAUCACCACCACCACCGCUUGAUACGACAAAACAAUCAUUUAAGAUCCCAAGUAUGAGUUACAUCCUUAUGUUCUACAAAGACAGUCAAAACGCGAAUGUUACAACAAAUGCGACUGGUCUCGGGAAAGCUAAAACGAUGACUGAAUCAUCGAAAAGCUUUUUUCGUCCUCUUCCUUACUUGGAAGCUUUUUUAACGAAAGCACGAAUGUUGUUUUUGUGGCAAUGA